UUGCGGUGCUCAGAGCCCUCUGUGCCCGCAGCUCCCGGGCCGCGCCUGGUGCUGCAGGAGGCCAAGGUGCGGCUCAUCGACGUCCAGCUGUGCAACAGCAGCCGCUGGUACGGGGGGGCCGUGCACCCCCAGGACCUGUGCGCGGGGUACCCGCGGGGCGGCAUCGACACCUGCCAGGGGGACAUCGGGGGUCCCCUGGUCUGCAAGGACAAGAAGGAGGACAAGUUCUGGCUGGUGGGACUGGCCAGCUGGGGCCGAGGCUGCGCCAAGGCCAAGAGAACCGGGAUCUUCACCAACACCCAGCACUUCCACACCUGGAUCCACGCCCACGCCACCCUGAACCCGGCGCCGUUCUCAGCGAAGUCGGAGCCCACCCUGACCUCGGCCGAGCCACCCCAAACGAAGCCGGACGGCGCCACGGCCGUCACCAUCCCGAAACGGACCCUGAGACAUUUCCUUGGGAAGCUGCUGGAGGUGUUGGAGCUCCUCAAGAGCAGGUCGGGGUGAGCGGGAGGAAGAGCAGAUCCCGCUCUGGCUGCGGAGCAUCUCCAGCAGCCCCAGCUGGGGCCGCGGCCGUGGGGACAAAGCCACCCCCGGUGCCCGGGGCCCUGCCCUCGCUCCCGCCCUGAGGCCUCACGGAUGCUCCAGUUGAUUUAAUCCUUGGAAUAAAGUUGUGUUCCCGUUGA